UAUUCCUCGAUAGACAAUAUACGAGAAAGUACUAUCCCAACGGACGUAGUUUCUUUCUCUCUCUCUCUCUCUCUCUCUCUCUUUUCCCCUUAACGUGCGCCGUUUCGCUGUUCUGCGCCAUGAGCUUACUUGACAAGCUCUGGGAUGACACCGUUGCCGGUCCCCGGCCAGAUAGUGGCCUCGGGAAACUCCGGAAGUAUUCUACUUUUAGCGCCCGUUCUAAUUCCGGCAAGGAAUCAGAAGUUUCGACACCGAGAUCCUUCAGUGAGGAAGCAAGUAGUGAGGAUGCGGUAAGGGUGACAAGGAGUAUCAUGAUAGUAAAGCCUCCCGGGAGUCAGAACAGAGAUUCACCUCCCGUUUCUCCCGCCGGUACCACUCCUCCGGUCUCUCCUUUUGCCGGUGCAGGAGGAAGAGAAGCAUAUUGGUCCCGUAGGCGAUCAUUUGCAUACGAGAAUGCUAGUGGGGUUGGACCCAGAAGUCCUCGUCCUCCUUACGACCUGUAAGAUAUAGAUCGGGUUUUCUUUUUUUGUUACCCCUCUUGAGGCGGCUGUAUUUAGUCGACAUCCUUGACAUUUUCCUGGUUGAGAAUGUUCUGUGUGGUCCUGUGACAGUGUGUGUGGGGUGUGCUUAAUUAUGUAAAUAGUGUUAGUCUUGCGGAUGUUGUGCCGAGUGUUUAGCACAAGUCGUAAGCAACGAAGUUCGUCAUGUAUUCUGCUCUGUAUCAAAGCUUACCUUUUAAUGUCAUGUUGUUUACUGUCUUGUCUUAGAAAUGUUA